AUGAAAAAUGGGGAGCUGCGCGAACGCGGUGUCAUGCUGUUGGAGCUCAAGAUGAACGGGCCACCCAGCGGCUGCUGCCAACUUUUCAAAAAAAUAGCUUCCGUCGUUCACCCAGAAGCGCCGGAGCUGUCCUACUUUUCCGGCGGCACCGCCGAGGCGCUACGCUCGGCUGACCAGAAAAACGAAAUCAGCGUCGAUAACGAUGAAGAUGAAAGUGGAAAGCUGCAAGGGAAACGAUUUCGGCUGAUGCAGACUUGGGGCAUCUCGGAUGUCGAGAAAGUUGGACAAAUGCUGGACUGGAAAGCAGUACUGCUACGCCUUAUCGAAAUGCCGGACGAAUGGUGGGAUCUGGCGUCAGCGAUGCGGUCACUAAGCGUCAAGGCGAUCAAGCUUGAUGGCCUAGAGGGACUAGUCGCCGCCAGGACACGUUCCGAGGCUCCAUCCGAGAAGCAGCUGCGAACGCCGGACGCAGACAUCAAGCAUGGGCGGAUCCAACGACACAUCGCGCUACUAGACAACUGCUUCGGCAACCAUCCACUCAACCGCGUCAACCCAGGAUUCACCGCCGAACUUUUCACAAAGCAUACGAUGGUCCAGAAGCAAGAAACUGUAUUCGUAACG